GUACAUUGGAUCAUGACAACGGAACACCGCACCGUCGCAAAACCACAAGCCCGGCACAGCUAAACGCUCGGCAUCUCCGCAUCUUCCAACAACAUCUUGUGGAAUGGCCAGAAAUAUAUUAUCUGCUCUCAAGAUCUGCACAGCGGCAACAUGUUGUUCCCCUCUGUCGGAUGAGGGUGCAUCCACAGACUGGUUGUCGGCAUUGUCUGCGGCUAUCGGCCAGACAUGCCGCCAUCGAACAUCUGCGAAGCGUAGAAGUGGUCGCCAUGCCGAUCUGCCCUUCCGGCGCUGGAGUAUGGCGUGCUGCAGUGAUCUGAUACCGAACUUGGGCUUAUGAUCAAAGAACCUGACGUUGCGUGCUGACCACCGAAACACGUUGUGACGAUUCUUUCUCAUCUCUUACCCUAUUUCAGAAAUCGACGCCUGCAUUCUGGACAAUGAUGUCGGAUGAGCUCCACCUACUAGCGUCCCGAAAUCAAUUCGGAGGGCGUGGUCUUGUGCUGCCGGCCGUCGACGCCAUGCGCUCUCGAGCCAUGAAUACGUUCAUGCUCACCGAAAGCCCAUCCCUUCUGCGCAUAUAUAAGCACGACAUUGAGUCUCCUUGAUAAUCGAUUCCGCUCGCUCAUCAUGCGCAUCCUCUCGUUCUUCGUAAUCUUUGCCGUCUUCUUGACUCCGAUGAUGCACGCCAAGCCUAUAGACGUGUGUGCGCACAUCGAUGCUCAGCUCACAGGCAAGAUCGGCGGGAUCGUCCAGUCCUUUGGCCAGCUGGAUCUGUGCUUGUGUCUAAGCGAGAUUCCAGGUAAGCGAGUCCUUCAAGCGCGCACAGAACCGUCUGACAAUGGCAUAGAGUUCGUUUUGACGAACAAGGUCGUUGUCAAGGCUGUGGCCGUGAUGGGGUUUUCCUACAUUAUCGCUGAGCUGAAGGAGUUGGUACGUAUAUCAGGUCAAGAGAAGUCGGGCAUCACUCAAUGAAGAUACAGAUCCAUAUUAGCCCACAUUGCUCGCCUGUCAGAAGCCGUUAAUGCAAUAGCACGACAGGCGUCGUGACCGGGAGUGUCUCCCGGGAUAUUCGUUGUGUAGUAUCCAGUCAUCUUGGUCUUCGGGUAGCUGGGAGUGUGUUGACACAGACAGCGACCUUUGGAGCUGUGAGUCAGAUUUGCGGAACAGCUGGUCUGGAAUACUGAGGAGUCUGUAGGCGGAGGCUGUACCACGGGAUAUUCCGGCCAGCCUACAACCGGACAGGAUUGCACGGCGAUCGAGGGUGUGCAGGAUGUUGCCUGUAUCAAAGGCGCUUGCAGCGUAAUCUCUUGCAGCAAGGGUUACAGGGUGAAUGGCAGAUCCUGCAUUCCCGAGGACAUUGUGCCGUUCCAUGCGUUUGCUCCGAUCGGUCAGAUCGUCGCUGGCUCGAUAUUCCAGUCGAUUUAGUAGCCGGCCUCGGAGUGACGUUGACGUGGCAGUCCGAGUCCGAGUCCUUGGGUUGAAAAGCUGAGCAGAGCAUCGGUGCUCUCGAGAACAUUCCUUUCGUCAAACGUGUAUCGCUGAAGUUUCCAUCUGUGUAUCGUAUUUAUCGUUUUUGUUGGUUUCCAAAUAUGAACAGCCUUUAGACAAAUUGAUUAAUUUAAUUAUUAGUCAACGUCUGAAGAAUGAAACGUGAAAAAGAAAGCAGCCAGCCAGCAUCAGGGACACGGCCGACGUGCUCCGAAGCAUGCUCCGGGUCUAAUGAAAAUCACGGCGAAGGAACCAAUCAGACGGCGCCUUUCCCUCUGAGAGACGGUCCACCCCUGCUGGCUUGUUGGGCUUCUAAGAGUCGUGUGAUGCGAUCCAGUCGCUCUUCCGCCUUGUUUAGCGAAUCUACGAGCUGCUGGGUCUUUGCUGCAUUCUUGUUAUCCGUCUGGAUGAUGAGGUCGUACAGUUCGUGAUGCCAGGGGUACAAUACGCCUGUUUGGAAUCCAAGUGCAGCCAUUGCGACGCCUGUUGAAACGAUGGGCAGCCAUCUCCUGGCGAUGGGGUGGACCAUGGUGAAAGAU